AUGGUCGACAUAAUCACCCGAGAAUCGCCGAAGCGCAAAGCGAACCGCGUUUUCAUCAACCUAACGACGCUGAUGAUGGUGGUGGUGAAGCGAGCGAGUCGUUUACCGUUGAAGCUGAAGGCGGCGCCGGCGAUUGAGAAUCGGAAAAUUGAGAUGAAGUCGCCGAAGAAGCUUCUGAAAAACAUAAGCAACAAAGCGAUGCCGUUUAUCGAGAAGAUGAAGAAGAAGAAGAAAGGGAAGGAUGAGUGGGGAGACGGUGGCGUGUGGCAGAAAGCGAUCAUGAUGGGAGAUAAGUGCGAGCCGUUGGAUUUCUCCGGCGUGAUUUACUACGAUAGUAAAGGGAAGCAGGUAAGUGAAUUCCCUCUCCGGUCACCACGUGCGACUCCCCUGCCGGCUUUAUGUUCCGGUUGA